AUGGACUCGCCACUGCUUAGACCACCCGCUCUGCUCGCGCUGCCCCUGCUCCUCCUAGCGCUCUACAUCGCUCGCCGGCGCCGCGGCGGAGGCAAGAGUCGGAACUACCCGCCCGUGGCGGGCACCAUGUUCCACCAGCUGCUCAACUUCGGUCGGCUGAUGGAGUACCACACGGAGCUUGCCCACAGGUACCGCACCUUCCGCAUGCUCACCCCGACCUGCAACUACGUGUACACCGUCGAGCCCGCCAACGUGGAGUACAUCCUCAAGACCAACUUCGCCAACUACGGCAAGGGGGUGAUGAUGCACGACGUGCUGGAGGACCUCCUCGGCGACGGCAUCUUCAACGUGGACGGCGCCAAGUGGCAGCACCAGCGGAAGGUCGCGAGCCACGAGUUCUCCACGCGGGUGCUGCGCGACUACAGCAGUGGCGUGUUCCGCGACACGGCCGCGGAGCUCGCCGGGAUCGUGGCCGCCGCCGCCGCCGCCGGGGACAGGCGGCUGGAUGUCGCGGACCUGCUGAUGCGGUCGACGCUGGACUCCAUCUUCAAGGUCGGGUUCGGGGUCGGCCUGGGCGUGCUGUCCGGCUGCAACGACGAGGGCGCGGCGGCGUUCGCCAGGGCGUUCGACGACGCCAGCGAGCAGGUCUUGUACCGCUUCUUCGACCUGUCCUGGAAGCUCAAAAGGCUCCUCAAUAUCUCGUCGGAGGCGACCAUGAAGGGGUCGAUCCGCACCAUUGACGGAUUCGUGUACGGCGUCAUCGACAGGAAGAUCGAACAGAUGGGCAGAGACCAACAAGAAUUCGUGAGCUCUCUGCAGCAGCCUCGCCCAUCUGGAUGCUCGGCCGCUCGAUUGGCGGCUCUGGCCCCUUCUUUUUUUACUGACACGCACGGUGGUGUUUAUCUUUUGCAGGCCAAGAAAGAGGACAUCUUGUCAAGGUUCCUGAUGGAGCGGGAGAGCGAUCCCGGCUGCUUCGACAACAAGUACCUGCGGGACAUCAUCCUCAACUUCGUGAUCGCCGGCCGCGACACCACGGCGGGCACCCUGUCGUGGUUCCUCUACGUGCUCUGCCGGAACCAGCACAUCCAGGAUAGGGUCGCACGGGAGGUCCGUGCCGCCACCACGGGCGACCGCGACGUCGGCGUGCAGGAGUUCGUCGCUUUCUUAACCGAGGACGCCAUCAGCAGAAUGCAGUAUCUGCACGCCGUGCUGACAGAGACGCUCCGGCUGUACCCUGCUGUGCCCAUCGAUGUGAAGUGUUGCUUUUCGGAUGACACGUUACCGGACGGCUACGCUGUCAAGAAAGGUGACAUGGUGAACUACCAGCCGUACCCAAUGGGCAGGAUGGAGUUCCUGUGGGGCGCGGACGCCGAGGAGUUCAGGCCGGAGAGGUGGCUCGACGACGACGGCGUGUUCGUCCCCGAGAGCCCCUUCAAGUUCACGGCUUUCCAGGCGGGGCCUCGCGUCUGCUUGGGAAAGGAGUUCGCGUACAGGCAGAUGAAGAUCUUCGCGGCGGUGCUGCUCUACCUCUUCAGAUUUGAGAUGUGGGAAGCCAAUGCUACCCUGGGUUACCGGCCCAUGCUCACGCUCAAAAUGGAUGGCCCGCUGUAUGUUCGUGCAUCGCUCCGGCAAUGA